AUCCUCUCUCACCAACACGUAUUCAACAUACCCCCGCCCCUCCUGUCCCUGCCAUGUCCAACCCCCCACCCGUCCAACGUCGCACAUCACUACCCUCCCAAUCCUCCGAAAGCGUCGUAGCAUCCAUCGACGCACCUGCCAGCCGCACCGCCGUCUUCAUCAAGCACGGCAAAUACAUCCUCGUGGGAGGCUUGGGGUGUUGGUAUCUGGAUUACCCAAAUGUGGUGAAGAGGACAUUAGAGGCGAGGCAUGGGUGGAUCAGACGGGUGUUGAUUACUGGCUUGGGACUGCAUAUUGCGACUAUAUUCAUAUUCCUCUACCUCGUCCUCUUUCUGCCUUGGGUCCGCGGAUUCACCCCCAACUAUCCCAAAUGGCAAGAAUCAGCUCGCCUCCGUAUAAUAGUGCCUCUCUUGACAGCCUCGAUCAUCGGUGGCUGGACAUGCCUCGUCAUUUCCCUGUCCCAAGCUGGCAAGACGACUACAUUGCAAAGUGUGCUGGAUGCGUUCAAGGCAGUGGGAAAUGCCUCAUUAGAGCAAAUGGAGGGCCGAGAGGGGAUGGGGAUUUUUAGUAGUAUGGCUGGAGCGACAGCCUUGUUUACUCUCACCCUGGGCAUACUUGGCAUGAUUCCAGCACCAUCCAGUGCUAUGAAGAAGCGGGAGUAGAUAUUGUUGCAAUACAUACAGUUCCGAGGAGAUCUAGGGGAUCUAGGUGCUAGGCUAUACGCCGCGGCAGCAAGAGCGAAGGGCCGCAUCGACCCAUCUCCUUGUACAAGUACAGUGAAGCCUUUGUAGAUGUAUAUUAUUCUAUCC